AUGGUUGAGUCCGAUGAUCCUGCCAUCCAGCCUUCGCAGAGAGAGUUGAAGCGGGCAGAAAAGCGUGGCAAGGCCAUUUGCCAGUUGCACGACGUCACCAAUCUGCGAUGGCAGAACACGCACAGAAGUGCCAAGAAGCAAAUCAAGCAGGGGCAUUGGCAGCGCUUCCUUCAGCAUCGUGGUGGCAUCCCUUCCGAGGAGGUCACGUCCUGCCCGGAAUGCGUGACUUUGCUCAAGGAGACAGGCGAAGAUCGAGCAGAGGACAUGCAGCUCCCGGAUCGCUAUGCCAUUCCCAACAAUGGGAAAACAAAGCGCGGCCGGCCCAAGAAGGGUGAAGAACGUAAGAUGGACUGGAAAGCUUGGCUAGUACAACAUCGCCCAAAUGAAUACGAGAUUUUUACAAAGGACGUAGUGGUCAAGAGCCGGCAAAAGGGUACUACAAAGCAGGAAAAAGAUGUUCCUCAUCUGCGAUGUAUUCGGUGUGGCGGCGAGUUCAGGGUGCAGCGUGACACCAACAUGAUUGCGCUGCAUGUCCACGAGAGCAGCAAAAUGCACCAGAAGUCCAUGGGCCCGGAGGCCUGUCUGGCGCCUGUUCCCGUUCCAAUUUCACACCCAUGCACAGGAAUCAACCUCAUGGACAAAGAUCAGACGAAUCCAGACUCAUUGUGUGGCCAGAUGAGGGACGGCUUUUUGCAUUGGGCCUGCCUUAACUGCCCAGACUUGACCAACAACAAGGCCACCAUGUCGAUUGAGGUCCGUCUCACGGACCAGCAGGGUGUCAUCCUUCAAGACAAGCAGUGCCAAGAGAAGGGGCACAAGAUUGAAGGGGACAAAGCUGCGUGUCAGCGUUGCAAGCGGUUGCCAGAUGUUCUGUCCCUCGCGCAGGGUGUCGCGAAGAUGUUGUACAGGAUUUCCCUGGUUGACCUCAUGACGCUGUCAAUGCAAAACAAUCGGCAGGCGAUGAAGGAUUUCUGGCAAGGCGUUCGCAAAUCGCCCUGGUGCCGUUUUGCUCCUUACGACAUGGAUGCGGAGAUGGCGGACAUGUCGUUUCAACAGCUUUUCCGCAGGUGCCAGCAGGUGGUUCAAGGAGUCGACAAAUCCCUCCGGAACGCGGCCUUCCACGCCUGGGUUUCUAAUCGGAUGAGUUGGAUAACGCCAGGCAGCCUUCCAGAUCCAGAAGUUGCAAGCUCAGUCGAGAAUUGUGCCAUGGAGCUGGUGAACGACAAGUCAGUCCUGGACGGGAAACUUGCGCAAAUGGUGAAGUCUGGGGUCCUCGAAGCAGAUCCUGCAGCCCGGGUACUGGUUGCGGCCUUGGUUCAAAAGGCUGAUCGCAUCAGCAGAGGCCUGAAGCGAACAGGGUCAUCCUCCGUUGACGGUGUGGAUGAGCAUUUGCUGCAACAGGUGCUGUUCCGUCUUUACCGGGGCAUGUCAAAGAAGGAAGCCCUACAAACAUUCGGCAUUUCCAAGAAUGCGGUUUCUGCAAAACGGAUGCUUCAGCUCGACUUCCUGCCAAGUUUUUUCUGCCCCAGUGCAGAUGUCCUCCAGAGCAAUAGUUCGAGUGUGCUCGGUCACCUACGCGUCCUUGACACACGCCACUAUGCACUGCUGUGGGACGAUACUGUGUUCGCCCAGGAUUACUCCUUGAUGUAUGGACUACGUGAGACUCCAAUCAUCAUCGGUGGGGCGCACCCUGAUGCCUCAUGCGUCUUGCCACUCAGCGAUGGCAGCCUCCCAGAGCUGCGCAAGGAGUCUCUGGCGCAGGUGUGCCUUUCUUUCCUCGUGAAACGUCUGGACAGAAGGGAUGGGACAUUUGACGUGAGGAUGGUACCGAGACGUCUCAAGCAGAUCACAGGGCAGGCACAGCUGCAGAUGUGCGGCGAAACCUUGUUGGCUCUGGCGGAGAGCAACGGCGACAAGCCGCCACUGAUUGUGGCAUUUGACAACCAUCCCGGGCACAAUCUCGUGAAUUGCACCCUACUUGGAGUUCAUUCUGAUCUUGCAGGUGUGCCGUUCUUUGAGAAAGGGGAGGUCCUGUCACAUCCCCUGAUCUUUCCAGUCGCAGGCUACUUCAUCUGCUUGUUGACAGUGGCUCACGCAGCUGGCGAGGCUGGUCAAAACUGGGACCGACUGGCAUUGGCCAAGCCCACGUGCCGGAACUUGAUCAGUCUGGCAGUGCAUGGAAUCUUGCGGGUGGCGUGGUGGCCGUCAACACUGCAAGCCCCGUUUGAACCCCAGUGGGCCCAAGAAGAUGCAGCUGAGCAUCACUUCUCCAGAACGAAGCGUGGUGCAGCUGGCGCGGCUUCUCUGAGCCAUGGGAUUUGGGGCACGGUUCGGGAACACUUGGAAAACUUCCAUCGAGGCUUCGAGGAUCGAGAGGUCCGCACUUUCGAGGGCAUGUCGCAAGAGGAAUGCAUCCAAUUGUCCAGGAAAGCGCUUCAUGGAGCCCUUGAGUUCUUCAGUAUGUGCAGCCUCCGUUUGAGCGUUGAGCAAGCGUACGCAAUGCUGAAAACGUGGUGGGAUGAGGGAGCUGGGACAUGUCCGGAUUCCUCGCCUGCGCAUGCCGAGCUGGAUGAGCAGGAUGAGUACUUGUUGGACAUGGAAGUUGACGAGACCGAUCCAAUGGCAUCAUCAGACCAGCCGCUGGAAGACUUGCUUGCCGCUGUCGAAUCUGAGACAGAUGUCUACAAGCAGGUCGUGCUUUUGACGGAGAAGACGUUGAAAGCCAAGGAGACAGCGACUGAGCAGCAGGGCGGGAAGAAGUCCAACGAGCAAGCUGUUGACAGGCCUGUCUUCAAGAAGAAAGAGCCCGAGACACCAAUGCCUUUGACCUUGCUCCAUAUUAUGGAGAUGGCAUGUGGAGACAAAGCUGCGGUUGCGCUCAAGAACGACACCGACGCUUCCUGCAUCGCAAGAGUAAAGCAGCUCUUCCCUCAAAUGCAAGCCUUCGUCAGGAUGGUCCGGGAGGAGGAGGGCUUCGUCUCGCGAAAGUCGCUGGAAACAUCAACGGACGAGAUCAAGAACGAGCACAACCUCCUGCAGCGACGUUUGGCCCAGGCGCGCCAGGAAUUCGAUUUGAACAGCUCACGCAGCUCUCGCAUGCAACUAUGGACAACCUUUUCGGGUACAUGUGUGAAAGCCAUAGCCCAGGGUCCUGAGGAGGAAAUGGGGCCCGUGGCUCGUGUGCCGCAGGCGUUCAAGCCGUCCUGCGUCAUGCAGCCAGACAAGAUAACUCGGCAGUAUCAAGUUCUGUGUGCAAGGAGCUGCACUGAUGACAAGCUGCGGCUGGUGUUUGUCCAAGGUGUCUUUCGAGGUGCCGUGAUCAAGAAAAGCAAGGAGGGUACACGCGCAAUGCGGGCAACAAAGCCUCACUAUGAUGUGCUACCAGCUGGCGCGUGCUCCUGUGUGCAGGGAUCCAUCCUCAUCCCCGGCAGUGAUGCUGGCGUCUUUUAUGCCAGCAAUGCUUCCCCUUUGCUGUCCUUUGAGGUUGGCGGAGCAGAGCAUCAAAUCUUGUACGAAGUCCCCUCCUCAAACUACACCUGCAAGCAAGAGGAUUGGCGGCUUGUGCUGACGUUCACACCCAAGGUUGUCGAUGCCCUCCUCGACCUCAAAAAGGUCAUCCCUGACCUAGAUGCCCAGAUUGCAGGAACCGUGGUGAAAAAAGCCAAGCAGGACGACCCAUAUGGAAAGGCAUUCACCUUUGCUUCAUUCAGCAACUCCGAACGUGGCCGCUGCAGCAUGAAAGAGUAUAUGAACGUGAUGCGGGCGAGGUACGAGCGCCUGAAAGGCGCGGCCUUAGUCGACAAAAACGGCCUUUUGACUGCUGA